ACCAGAAACGCUCUUGAUUCUUUUAUUUGCACCGAUUCUGGUUCUGAGGGUCGGCACCGAGUUCUGACUUCUUUAAAUAACAGAAUGUAUUUUUAUGGCUUGGAAUACAAUUAACAGUCAGAAUGAUCUUUUAGCAAUGGUGCAUUCAGGGACCAAAAAUUAACUGCUUAAAAAUAAAGAUUUUUAAGUUUCAGAUCAGCUGAUGGUGCUGAAUUCCAACAAAUUCCAGCUGUUUCAUAUCUCUUUGGUGCAAGGGUGAUGGAGGGGGCAUGGGAGUUUGCCCAACCAAUCCACGUGUGUUUAGUGGAUUUGGAGAAGGCUUAUGACCGUGUCCCCAGGGGCACCCUGUGGAGGACGCUCCAGGAGUAUGGGGUCAGCGAUGAAUGACCUCACCAGUGUUCAUCCUAGAGAGGCCGUGGAGCGGAUCGCCGCCUCGCUGGGCUGCAGCCCCACUUCAGUACAAGUGGCCGAAUUCUUGGACAAACACGACCAGCUGGGACACCUCCGGGAGAACUUCCUGGUGCCCAAAGUAGCAGAUUUACCUCCAUCUGACCUCUCGCUGGUCGACGGGAGCCUAGACUGCGUCUACCUGUCUGGAAACUCCCUGGGACUUCAACCCAAAAUGGCGCGGAAAUAUCUGGAGGAGGAGCUGGAGAAGUGGGCCAAAACCGGGGUCUACGGCCACACGCAGGGCUCCAGGCCCUGGGCUUGGGCUGAAGACCAGCUGGAGGAGCUCAUGGCCAUGCUGGUUGGAGCUAAAACCGAGGAGGUGGCGCUGAUGAACGGCCUGACGGUUAACCUGCACCUCCUGAUGCUUUCCUUCUACAAACCAACAGCAACUCGACACAAAAUCCUCCUGGAGUUCAAGGCCUUCCCUUCUGACCACUACGCUGUGGAGUCUCAGAUCCGCCUGCGAGGGUUUGACCCCGAGGUCAGCAUGCUGCUCCUGUCUCCCAGACCGGGAGAAGAAACACUAAGAACUGAGGACAUCCUAGAGAUGAUUGAGAAAGAGGGCGACUCCAUCGCCGUGGUGAUGCUGAGUGGCGUUCAGUAUUACACCGGACAGCUGUUCGACAUGCCUGCUAUCACUGAGGCCGGACACAAGAAGGGUUGUUUUGUUGGCUUCGAUUGCGCCCACGCAGCAGGAAACGUUGAGCUCAGACUUCACGAUUGGGGUGUUGACUUUGCCUGCUGGUGCUCCUACAAGUACAUGAACUCAGGAGCAGGUGGACUCGCUGGAGCGUUUAUUCAUGAAAACCUCAGAAACACGACCAAACCCACGCUGUUAGGAUGGUGGGGACAUGACCUGAAGACACGCUUCCAGAUGACAAACGAGUUGGAGCUACAGCCUGGAGUGAACGGAUUCAGACUGUCAAACCAACCUGUUCUGUUAGUCUGCCCCCUACAGGCCAGUUUGGAGGUCUUCAACAUGACCAGUAUGGUGGAGCUGCGCAGGAAGUCCAUCCUCCUGACCGGAUACCUGGAGUACCUGAUUAAACACUACUACACAGAGGACCAAGCCCAGCCUCACAAACCUCACGUGCAUAUCAUCACACCUUCGGACCCUCAGCAGAGAGGCUGCCAGCUGUCUCUGUCCUUCUCCGUCCCCAUCAGGAGGGUCUUCCAGGAGCUGGAGAGGAGGGGAGUAGCCAGUGACAUGAGGGAGCCCAGCGUGCUGCGAGUUGCUCCGGUUCCGCUCUACAACUCCUUCAGCGACGUCCAUCGCUUCAUCGGAAUACUGGGAGAAGCGCUGGAUGCGAGCAGGAAGUGAGGAGAAGAUGCAGAAUAAACUCCUGUCCUUGUUAUUAGAGCACCGUAGUAGAAAAGUCACAUAGACACACUAAAAUAAAAAUAUUUUAAAGCUAAA